AUGGACCCUGGCCCUUCCGUCCCCGCCGCCCAAGCAUCACACCUCCUCUCCUCCUUUACAACUUUCCUGACUCUUACUCUCCACACCCUCCUCUACCACCGCGGUCUCUACCCAGCAACCACCUUUCUCACCGCACGCGCCCUCAAUCUUCCCGUCCACCAGUCCCGCCACCCUGGUCUCUGCACGUGGAUAAACGAUGCUGUUUCUUCUGUAGCAGCGCAACUGCGCAAAGGUACGGUGCGCCGUAUAGUCACUGUGAUGCAUGCCGCAAAGACGUUUGAUGUGCUUGAGCGUUGGGUAUUUGACGUUGAGACUUUCCCCAUUGGCUGGGGUGAUAGGGAGGAGAGAAACUAUAACCCCGUUUUGGUUGAGGGUGUGGAUGAGGAUGGUGGUGUGAAUUGGACGGAUGUAAAUGAAGCUUUACGGGGGGCUUUAAGGCGUAUAUCGCAUGCGGCUGAGAUGAUGUCUGCCUUACCUGAAGGUAGCACCUUUACACUUGCUGUUGAGUUGCGUGACGAGGCAUCUGCACCUAUAGGGCAUCCGCAACAUUGGAUACCCUCCCAACCAAACCUUCAACCACCAACCGACACCUCUUUGAAUCAAGGUUCGGCCAUCGGCAGCCAGAACACAACACCAAUCCGUUCUGUCCAAGCCGGUCCUCUCUUUUUUGAGUGCUGGAUCGAGCAAAGCGACUUGGAAUAA